UAUCGUGUUUUCCCCCCCUCUCGUUUAAUGUAAACGAAGGGGAAAGGAGUUCGUUCCCUUUUCAUUGCAAAUAACAUAAGAAAGCGAGAUCAGAUACUUGAACGUAACGUAUUACGAAACGCUCGACCUAUCCUCAGCCAAACUUUUGAGACACCUCGUAUAUAGCGUAGCUGUAUUUGCAUUCGAAACAGUAAAGAUCUGAGUGUUUAGAAAAGAAGUGUAAUCAUGUAACUAACUAUAGAUGAGAAUACAUGCAAGCGAUUAUUUUUAUGUGAGUCGAACGAUCGAGUGAUAGCCAAAAAUCUAUAGCUUCGAUUCAUUCACUCUGACGCGGUUGCAUUGGGGCGUGCGUGAACCAAUUAAAGCCGCGUUUCGCCUAGGAGAAUUCCAUGAACGAAGCAUAAAUGUCGUUUUAUCGUUUUAUUUCGCUGGUUUCUCUUAUUGUUAGUACAACCGAGAGGAACUAUAUGGAAUCAACGAGAAGAACUUCCUUGAAAGAACAUCGCAGCUUUAAGCUUCCUUUAACACGGUGUUCUCUCUAAAAGGAACAAUGAAAUAAAUGUCAGUCCCAAGCGACGAAGACAAAGCCGAAAGAUUCUAUGUUGUAAAUGUUCAUCGCGUGGAAAUUAAUUAUUUUAUUAUUUUCUGGAUAUUGAGAAUUCGAGUGGAAUUGUGCCAUUUAGAUAUAUAAACGCGCGAGGAAUAUUAUUGUCGUUACUUCUCGUUGCGUUCCAAUUCGUGAUUUAAAUACUUACGAUAUUUUAGUAUUCGACGACGGAAACGAAACGUCCAUCGUCCGAUAAGCGUUCCUCAUAUUUAACAUGAGUUUCCGUUUCGCGGUUCUGUUGCCAUAUCGUUUCCAUAUUGUUCCGACGUAUUAUUAGAGUUUGUAUUAUUGAAUGGUACGAGUUUGGUUAUUUAAUAAAUUUUGAGUGCCUAAUGUGUAACGAUCUCCAUUUUUACAAUUCACUACAGACACCUUCAAGAAACUUUCACAUUUAUUCUUAUGUAUAUUCGUUUCCCGUUUGGACCUUAAUGAAUAAUUGUAGAGGCUUCGCGAUUUUAUUAAAACCCAGAAUUCAUGUAUUCCAUUAAUGUAUUAAUCGAACGAAUCAGGUGUUACUGUAGUUUAAAAUAGUAUUAACUUCGUUUUUUAUAAUAUGGGAUUUCCCCGUAACGUUGUAGAAUUCGGAAGGUUCAUCUCGGAAGUAGCGAUACGAAUAUAAGUUACUUAUUGUAUGUCUACUUUUCAAAAUUCAAACGAUCUUAUAUUUAUAUAUAUUUAUUUUGAUGCUACAAACUAUCAAUAUCUGAUUUAACGAUUAAGAUACAAAAAAUGGUGAUUCGAGUAAUCGUAGACCAUAAAAGAGGUGGACGAAUAAUAGGCAUUUGAAUUUAGAAUUUGUCUUAUCAGUAGAAAAACAUGCACUGUUCAUGAUAGAUUACUUGUAAUUAACGGGGUCGUUAAUCAAAGGAAAGCCUAAUACAAACAUACUGAAACCGGUGUAUAAAUGGCAACACGAGCAUCUUGUGUAAUAGAAAAUAUUCUUGUUCAGAAUAGACAGAUUAUUCAAUACAAUUGAAACAUUUUCUUUCAAGAAACAGUACCUACCUAUAAACCAUAACGAACAGCUAGUUGUAUCAGGUUCAAAGUAGUGCAUGGAAAAAUCUGUUAAAUGAAAAGUUAAUCGACGAUGUGUUUUCGAUCAGUAAAUGGUCAUGCGAAUAAAUCAUUGUACGCUGCAACCCCUUUUAACAAGGGUAUUGAAAGUAACGAAAAACACGUGAAAGCACCAAGAAUAUGAAGCCAAUAUGCGAUUCUGGGGCUUCAUUCGGUCGAUAGAUUGAUCGUUCUUCCGGAGUGGACAAAGAAUGACAUCGAGAUUCCAGUGGCUCAUCCCGUAUCAGCAACACCCGCCGUGAUAAGCUGGCCACGAAGCCGCCCACAUUUCAAAUGGUACCUCUGCGUAUUUUCCAGUCUUCUUCCAUGAAUCGAAGUUCGAUCUACCUCGUAGUACCUUUCGUUUGGUUAAAUCGUUCGACGUAAGUUCUAUUUAAUCUGUGCUCGCCAGUGGAACAUCAUUUUCCGUCGUUCGUUUCUUGGACAUGUGUUUCAACAGUGAACGGUGAAUUUGACAAGAUACGGAAAUAUUACUUCAAAUUGAAUCCUCGGAGACAGGCUUCUCUUCCAAAACUGGUAAAGAAACGAUCGGAAACGCAAAAUGAAAAUAUUCGGUAAACUAUUUCGUAACGGCAAACGAAAAAAGAAAAGACGUGACUCGAAAAGGACAUCACUGAAAAAACGAAGUAACGUGCCCAAUGUACCACAUGACAACUUUCUACUAGCCGGGAAUCAACCAAGAAGACACAAACGAAGACACAAGAACGGAGAUAGGGGGUGGGAGGUUCAUCACGUCACAGUUACCAGAGUCCCCGGUUACGGGUUUGGGAUCGCAGUUUCCGGUGGCCGGGACAAUCCCCAUUUUACCAAUGGCGAUCCGGCAAUAGCGAUUUCCGAUGUCUUGAAGGCUGGCCCGGCUGAAGGGAAAUUACAGGUGAACGAUCGGAUAAUAUCCGCGAAUGGAAUAUCAUUGGAGGGCGCCGAUUAUGGAGCCGCAAUCCGCGUCCUCAGGGAUUCCGGGUCAACGGUUCUGUUGGUUGUUAAGCGUCGAGCUGCGUCGGUUCCUCCGGGCCCAGGAAACUCGACUCUUCAGAGUCACAGACUGACACUUACGAGAAAUAACAAAAAAGAUGAUUUUGGAAUUGUUCUCGGUUGUCGGCUCUACGUGAAGGAAGUGACACGAGAGAACACGGGGGUGAAGCUAGGGGAUGUUCUAACUCGAAUCGGUAGCGUAGCUACGGACAAUAUGAGCCUUAAAGAAGCCAAAAAAUUGAUGGAUCAAUGCAAAGACAGAUUAUCAAUCGUAGUAACGCGUGAUAAUUCUUGCUGUCAUGCUCAACAGCAAGCAAAGAGUGAUACUGGGGAGUAUCUAUCGGGAACAACAAGUUACAGUAGUCAGAACUUGUAUGUUCCACCUCCAACAAGGCAGCCAAUAGAAGAUAAAAGCAACCUUGUGCCUAGAGGUCGGACUAGAGGACCUUUAAUGGAUGUUUCUCUUAGCCAACUGGAUCUUCCUGCAACGCCAACCGUUGAUCCUCCUAGACCACCGCCUCCUAGACCAGAAGAUUAUUACGGUACAAGAAGGCAACUCUACGAAGAAGAUUUGUCACGAAAUAAGCUUCCAAUGCCCGAUCCCCGAUUCAUUACUUUUCAAAAAGAAGGAUCGGUGGGUGUCCGUUUAAGUGGCGGAAACGAAACCGGUGUUUUCGUCACUGCUGUUCAAGCAGGGAGUCCAGCGUCUCUUCAGGGUUUGCAACCUGGAGAUAAAAUUCUAAAGAUAAAUGAUAUGGACAUGAAAGGAGUAACCAGAGAAGAAGCUGUUCUUUUCUUGCUUAGUCUGCAAGAACAAAUCGACUUAAUUGUUCAGCAUCGACGACAAGAAUAUGACCAAGUAGUAGCUUCAGGAAAAGGAGAUUCCUUUCAUAUAAAAACUCACUUCCAUUAUGAACAGCCUCAAAAGAGUGAAAUGAGUUUCCGCAGUGGAGAUGUAUUUCACGUAGUGGAUACGCUACACAAUGGGGUCGUUGGCUCUUGGCAAGUCUUCCGUAUUGGCAGGAAUAAUCAGGAAGUACAAAAAGGAAUUAUCCCGAAUAAAGCUCGGGCUGAAGAACUGGCAACCGCGCAGUUCAAUGCGACGAAGAAGGAAAUGAGUGCUAGUGAAAGCAGAGGUAGCUUCUUUAGGAGGAGGAGAAGCAGCCAUAGACGUUCGAAAUCUCUGGGAAGGGAUCACUGGGACGAUGUAGUAUUCUCAGAUAGUGUUAGUAAAUUUCCCGCGUACGAAAGAGUUAUUCUGAGGCAUCCGGGUUUCGUUAGACCUGUCGUCCUUUUCGGGCCAGUCGCAGACUUAGCUAGAGAGAAACUAUUAAAAGAUUUUCCUGACAAAUUUACGUCGCCACAAAUGGAAAAUCAAUUGGAGGAUAACGUUGGAAAAAAUACUAAGUCGUCAGGUAUCAUCCGACUGAGUGCCAUUAGAGAAGUUAUGGAUCGCGGAAAGCACGCUUUGCUGGAUAUUACUCCAAAUGCAGUGGACCGACUGAACUACGCGCAAUUUUAUCCCAUAGUUAUUUUUCUCAAAGCAGAAACAAAACAGAUUAUUAAGGAAAUGCGAGCCGGAAUUCCCAAAUCGGCACACAAAAGUAGUAAGAAGCUUUUGGAACAGUGUCAGAAGUUAGAUAAAAUUUGGGGCCACACCUUCAGCGCGGUGAUCACGUUAACCACACCAGAAGCUUGGUACCGAAAAUUAAGGGAAUUGAUCGACAGACAACAGCAAGGACUAUUGUGGAUGAGUCAAACCAAGCCGGAAGAAGCACUCUCGGAUGACUUCCUAUUCCCGAUGACUUCUCGCCUCUCCUAUGCUUCCUCUCCGGAGAGUGACUUGGAACUUAGUCCAGCACCAGCUUUGCCAGGUGCACUGGGUGCACCGUCUAGAUUGAAGAGUAGCUCUGAUCCCAGUAUCGCCACACAAGAUGACAUUGCUGCUCCACCGCCGUAUUCGACCACUUAUCAGCAAUCAUUCGAGCAACCAAAAAGAAGAUCACAGGGAGGAAUGGGAGAUGGAAAAUAUGGAUUCUCUUUGUCUGGACAAGUCAGCAAUCAAUCUGGUUCACCUGAAUAUUUUGGAGGUUCAUUUGAACCAAGAUCAUCUCAUCAUAGCCCUCCUGAUUUGCCACCACGGGUGGAUCGUAAUGCAAAACCUAGCAGUCAGUCGGGAAGAAACACAAUCGGUAGAUCGGCGCAAGAACGGUUACUCAAUAAGACGGAUUCGGUAUUGGACGUAGCAAAUUAUAUAAAUGCCACGCCUCAUAAGGCUAAUGCUACAUCAUCGUUGGAAAGAGCUCAACCAAAAGCAGGAAGCUAUGACAGUGUCUCUUCUUAUGACUCUUAUAAUAACACAAAUGGGAACGCAAGUUACGGAACACCAGGUUUGAAUACAUCCACCGGUCGAUUAGGUCCUAACGUACCAGAUGACUUGAAAACAAGUGGUGGGCCAGCUAGAUCACACGAUCCUUAUAGAUUUACUAGAUCAACAGCACAACCAAUUCCUAAUCAUGAAUCACAAACAAGGACUGAUUAUGCUAAGUACAGCCGCACAACUGAUUACAAGUCGAUAACUCUGCCCCAAAACAAACCCGGAGGAUCAUCAUACAAACCGAUACCACCUCCAAAGCCAAAAAACUACAGACCACCCCAAACAAACGUAACGCAACCAGAAAGUAAUGGGAACGAAGGAAAUAAUACACCUCAUCAACAUUCAAAAAGUUAUUCCAUUGCUACUUCUCACGUAGAAGGUAAUAACAACGUUCAGCGUAACAGUGGUCAGUACUAUUACAAUAUUCCACCUCCAAAUCGUCACGAUUCAAAUCUUGCGAAUUCCCAUCAUAAUUUGAGCCAUUUGUCUACACCUGCGCACAAUCAUAGUUUGAGUCACACGCAUCCGCAUUGUAAUCCACCAAUGUCAACUCAUAGUCACAGCAAUAGCGCCAGUCAGUUGAGUCUCGGUCUCUCUCAUAACAGAAACAAUGUAAACCAUAACGGAUAUGUUGUAAAUAAUGGUCAUAACGCAUCUGCGCAAAAUUUUCCAACAACCACGGGACAUAACAGAGAGCCUAGCGGUUUAGAUCUCGCCGGAAGUAGAGAACAAAGAGGAAGUGCCUUCGAACUUUAUCGUAAACCUAUGCACCAUUAUAACGCGAGUUAACAUGCAUAACAAUAUCAUAGUUUAUUGUUAAACAAGAAAAUAAAAGGAAGAAUUAAUCUUAUCAACAGGAAAUAAACGUUGAAAACCAUAAGGAUCUGAAUAAAUAAAUCGUAAUAAAGAUUAAGGAUGAUAACGAAUAGGAACUUCAGAAAAGAACUGCUGAUUCGGGAAGAAUCAGAUAAGUAGAAAAUUAAAUCUGUUUCGUUUUUUUCACUCUGAUUUUGUACAUAUGAUUUAAAUGAAAACAAAAACAUAUAACGAAGUUUUGCAAUAACAGUUGUUGAAUAAAAUUUU